AGGCUGCGGCUGGUCGUCAUGGUGACGCUGCAGCUGGUCGUCAUGGUGAUGCUCCUGGGGCAGGUGAAUGGAGUGCGAGUGCUCAGCGGCCAGACGGUGUGUGUGGGCGGUCCCAAGCGUCCCUGCUACAAAAUCGCGUACUUCCACGACGUGUCGAGUCGCGUGGCGUUCAGUGAGGCUCAGCAGGCCUGCAGCAUCGACGGGGGGCAGCUGCUGAGCAUCGAGAGUCCAGAGGAGCAGCGAGAGAUCCAGCACCUGCUGCAGGAGCUGAGCUCAGGAGCAGUGGGUGGAGCAGCAGGUGGAGGCAUCGCGGACGGAGACUUCUGGAUCGGUCUGACCCGGGUGGAGGGGGAGGACCAGGGUCACUCUGACGUCAGCACCUCCUUCCCGUCCUGCCCGAAGCUCUACAUGUGGACCGACGGGAGCGUGGCCUCCUUCAGGAACUGGUAUCUGGACGAGCCGUCCUGUGGAGGAGAGUCCUGCGUUGUCAUGUACCAUCAGCCUGCUGCGUUUCCUGGUCCGGGCGGAAAGUAUCUGUACCAGUGGAACGACGACCGCUGCAACAUGAAGCACAACUUCAUCUGCAAGUAUGGACCAGAAAGCAUCCUCGUAAAUAAACAGGGUGACACACCUGAUGGGAGGAGCACAGUGACUGCAGGUGAGGACGCCAUCACCACAUCGACAGGCCGAGAGGACGUCCCAUCUCAGUUCACCACCGCUGGAGCUGCAGGCAUGUUGCUGCUGUACGUGGUCAUCCCCACCAUCCCUCUGCUGCUCCUCAUCCUGGUGGCUUCUGGGACUUGUUGUUUCCAGAUGCUCCACAGAAGUCAUCCUCACAGUAAGACUGCCACGGACCAGGCAAAUUUGUGGAUCUCCAGUACGGCGAAACCAGACGGCAUGGAGGUGUGACAUCACAGUGACAUCACAGUGA